AUGCUGCGUAAACAGCAAAACGAUCUCGAAGAACAUUAUACGGACACAGCUUUGUCUUGUCCAACAAUUGGCACGUUUUCGUUAUCCCAGUUCGAAAACGUACCGAAACGUAAACUAACCGCACAUGUGGUAAACGAGCAAAUGCCCCAAAUCGUACCACUCCAAACUCCCAUUGAAUCAGUGACAAACCAGCAAAGUGACGGUGUUAUUCCAGGUUUAAUUCCUUUCUGGCAACAAGUGUAUUUCAUCGAACUCGAACUUUCAGCAGCACUGCGCGAUGUUGCAUUACCAUCGCAGGUGACCGCUUGCUAUGAUCCGAUCGAUUAUGCUUCAAACCUUCAUCUAGCCUAUAUGCAACGCUUUCUCGAUGGGCCGAAGCCGGUUCUGUUUAUUGGCAUGAAUCCUGGUCCCUGGGGAAUGUGCCAAACAGGGGUUCCGUUUGGACACGUACCGGCUGUUCGAGAUUGGAUGGGCUUACGAGGGACGGUAUCGAAACCAUCGCCAGAACUAGCUGCUCGACCAGUACAAGGGUUGGAGUGCACGCGAGAGGAGCAGAGCGGUAAACGCUGGUGGGGACUUUAUCAGGAGCUGUGCGGUACUCCGGAUCAAUUCUUCCGUUCCUGUUUCGUGUACAAUCUCUGUCCAUUGGCGUUUUUCCAUAAAACGGGACGGAACAUAACGCCCAGCGAACUAAAGGGAACCGCAAAAAAAGAAAUUCAAACGAUUGCCGAACAAAAGUUAGCGACGGCGCUUACCGUGCUGAAACCUAAGAUAGUGAUAUCCGUCGGACGAUAUACGGAUGAUCGUGUAAAUGCGCUUAAAAAGCAAAACAAACUAGAUUCAGCUAUUCAAACCCUUUGCAUGCCCCAUCCAAGCCCUCGAAGUCUGAAUAACACGAACUGGCACGAAAAGGCAAAAGCUUGGCUUACCGAUCACGGUAUCUUACCUUAUCUGAGCUCGCUGGAAACAUAG